AUGUUUACGCCCGGGGGACGGCCGGAGAGACGGCGAGGUGAAGUCGGGUCGCGGUGGCUUCGCCCGAGGCGGCUGACAGGUGGGAUGUCCGUCGGACGCCGGAGAACUCCCCUGGACCUGUUGGGGGACGAAGGCCUGAUGGUGUUGGAGUUGUUGGUUGAUGAAGGCUGGGAGCGUUCUCCGUGGUUCGAGCUCCAUACAGACAUGGACCACGGAGAUAAUGCAGUCAAGUACACUCUGUCGGGAGAAGGAGCUGGGUCUAUCUUCACCAUUGAUCAAAUUACAGGAGAUAUACACGCACUGGUGGGGUUGGACAGGGAGGAAAAGUCCUACUACACACUGAGGGCCCAGGCUGUGGACAUGCACACAGGCCUCCCUCUGGAGCCAGAGUCUGAGUUCAUCAUCAAGGUGCAGGACAUCAAUGACAACGAGCCACGGUUUCCUGACGGUCCCUACAGUGCCACUGUCCCCGAGAUGUCACCAACAGGUACCUAUGUAACGCAGGUGACCGCCAGUGACGCAGAUGACCCCACAUAUGGCAACAGCGCACGCAUCGUCUACAGCAUCCUUCACGGCCAGCCGUACUUUUCCGUGGACCCCAAGACAGGAGUGAUCAGAACAGCUCUAGCCAACAUGGACCGUGAAGUGAAAGGGGAGUACCAGGUUCUUCUCCAGGCCAAGGACAUGGGAGGUCAGCUGGGGGGACUGGCCUCCACCACCACCAUCAACAUCACCCUUAGUGAUGUCAACGACAACCCACCACGCUUCGCUAAGAGUAUUUUCCAUCUGCGGGUGCCAGAGUUGGCGUCAGUUGGCUCAGCAGUGGGUCGGAUCCGGGCCCACGAUCUGGACGCAGGCAGCAAUGCAGAGGUGGAUUACGCCAUUGUACCAGGAGAUGAAGGCAACAUGUUUGACAUCAUCUCUAAUGGCCAAAGUCAAGAGGGAGUUGUAGUCUUGAAAAAGACUCUCGACUAUGAGACCAAGAAGUCAUAUACCUUCAAGGUUGAGGCGUCCAAUGCACAGCUGGACCCCCGUUUCCUUCAUUUGGGGCCUUUCAAGGACUCAGCGACAGUCAAGGUGAAUGUCCUGGACAUGGAUGAGCCUCCUGUCUUCACCAAGCCCUCCUACUCUAUGGAUGUGUACGAGGACACUCCUCCAGGGACCAUCAUUGGCUCUGUGACAGCUCACGACCUGGAUGCCAGCAGCAGCGCUGUCAGGUAUUCCAUGGAAUGGCACACAGAGUCUGACAGCUGUUUCGAUAUUGACACAGUUGAAGGAACCAUUUCCACGAAUGAAUACCUGGACAGAGAGACAGCUGUUCUGCACAAUAUCACUGUAGUAGCAACAAAAGUCAUUAUGGCAGUCUUAUACAUGGGCCAGAGGCGCAACAAAGAGAAAGAGACUCUGAUGACAUCCAAAGAGGACAUCCGUGAUAACGUCAUUCACUAUGACGACGAGGGCGGUGGUGAAGCGGACACUCAUGCCUUCGACAUGGGCACUCUGCGCACCACGCACUCACAGCGCACCAGCACUCACAGCAGCACCUCCAAGAAGGAGAAAAAUGGCUACGGAGACGGGGUUCUGCUGCAUCUCAGCAGUCGCCCCGGUAACGUCAGGUCACCCGACAUCCACUGCCAAACAGCCAGCGUCAUCACUGCCGUGAACAACAAGGCCCCACUCUCUGCCCGCGGCAGAGUGACCGAGGGCGACGCUGAAAUGAUCAGGGAGUUCAUCGAGCAGCGACUGGAGGACAGCCAGCAGGGUUACGCCGCCCCACCGUAUGAUUCACUGGCGACCUACGCCUAUGAGGGUGAAGGCUCAGUGGCUGGCUCGCUCAGCUCUAUAGAGGAAUCGUGGGUAAUUGAUGAUACAGGGGAUUUUAGCUCCCUUGGUGACUGGGGACAGCCGUUUAAAACACUGGCUAGCAUCCUGGACAGACAGCCGCCUACUCUGACUGAGGAGAGCUGAGAGCAGAGAGACUUUGGAUGGCGGUGUGGGAAUUAGCUUUCUUUUCUAGAAAUGUUUUUUUUACUGUGACAAGCACCUGGCUACAGUGAUGUGAAGACUUUUUA